AUGGACUUCGGAACCCUUUCAUACAGCGACCCUAAAGCACAAGAAUUCGACGCACUUGCCUCGGAUGUAUUUGAGACCAUCAAAGGCAAACUUUCGGCUUUGGACGAGGCCGAUACACUGGCCGAACUCAUCGUAACUGACAAGAUGCCCCGUGGCGAGCUCACCAAGACCAUCUACAUCGAUGCUCGGCCAACUGGCACUCGCUUGCUCGAGUCUCCGCUUCCGGGUAUGAGCGUAGACGUGACCAUUUCUCUGCGUCCGGAUAUGUUUUUCGGCUUGGCAAACGGAAACUUAGACGUGAACAUGGUUGCCCGUAUCGGCUUCAACGCGCAGGGCGCCAACCCUCCGAAGUCACACGAUCUCUUGGAUCGCAUGUCUCUUCGACCGUCUAAAGUCAUGAAUCCCAAGGAUUACACAUUCUCUGAGGACGCGCUCCCGAAACCAACGACUGACAUUGCGGAGAUUAAGCGCAACAUCAAGAAAUUCGGAUACGGGUUGGUCAAGGACGCCUUAGCGCCGGAACAGGUUCAAAUUUUGAGACGAGCCAUUCUCGAGCAAGCUGCCGGUGAGCGGAAGGCUGGCGUAGCCGACAUCGAAGGUGGGACUAACCAACGAUUGUGGAACGUUGUCAACAAGGGGGAUGAAUUUCUAGAUCUUUUGAACCACCCACUGUUUGACGAACUGCUCGCCUGGUUUCUGGGAGAUUACUCGUACCUUUCUCAGGCUUCGGUCAACAUCCUGGGGCCUAACAACAUGCCGAUGCCUUUUCACCGCGACCAGAUUCCUAUGAAUCCCUUCACAGACGAUCCAGUUGGUCUCAGUUUCAUGUUCUACGUGGAGGAUUCCAGCAAGUCCAACGGAGCCACGCAUGUAAUUCCGGCCUCUCACAUUGGCCAUGUGCGCCCAUGGGAUCCAAACAGCUUUGAUGGAUCCAUCCCAGCAUCGGCCCCGGCCGGCACUUGCCUGGUGUUUAAUACUACAGUUUGGCACUCAACUGGUGUCAACACCACCAACGCUGAAAGACCCGCUCUCAUCUACGCUUUCAACCGUUACUUCAUGGGAUCAACCGUGAACCCGUAUCUGAGCUUGGGGCAAGAUGUCUUGGACAAGUUGACUUUGCGGCAAAAGCAGCUACUUGGUUUUGUUGUGCGCCCGGCAUUCAAUUGGGUUGGCAAGACCAGAUCAGCUGGCGAGCCUGUCGAGCGGGCUGAGGACGUGAGCAAGACGAGGGCAGAGUAUGUGCCGAUUGGUGGCAAGGCUACUGGCAUAGCUAGUAUUUCAGAGAGAUAUACUAGGUAG